GCCAGUAUGUUGUUCCUUUACAGAUAUGGGAGUUGGCUCCCCUUUCAUGUUUGGGGGGCCAUUUGGUGGCGGUGACGGUGGCUUAUUCGGAGGCAGUCCUUUCGGUUUCCAACGCACACAUGGGGCAUCCUUCACUUCAAUAUUUAUGGGGUUUGAUGACGGUUUCUUUUUUGUUGAUGACGACAGUGAUAACUACUAUGGAAUACCGUCAGGAUUUUCUCAUAGGCCACAUGUACGACAAUCCUGUAACCACAGCAACCACAGACAUUCAGGUUCCCGCUCCUCUGGUCAAAACAAAAACAGUUCUCGAGGUUAUGGUAGCCCCCAUUAUUCACAAACAGGACAGAACAUGUCUUCAGCACAAGCCUACGGUGGGGUCAAUCCUAAGAAAACAGCGAGCAAAAAUGCAACAAAUUCUAGUCAAAAUAAGGAGGAGUAUGUAUCACAGCUACCCCAACAAACAUCUGCGCCAGACGUCAGUAAAAAGAAAAAGAAAAAGAAAAAAAAGAAGUCGGCCAAUCAAACAGAAGACGUCUCGGCUCAAACAGAUGAGACACCAGUUCCCCAGGAAAGCCCCCAUAUAGAACAAGCUGAAACCCCCGAGAUAGAAAAGGUUGAUGUGAAAGAGACCCCAAAGAGCUUUUCAGCACAAGAAAUGAAACCAAAAGAGGUUCCACAGAGACUCAACAAGAAAGCGAGAAGGAAGUUAUUGAGAGAGCAACUGAGGAAAGAAAAGGAAAACACUCAGAGUUAUUCCUCUGCUAAAUAUGAUGAUAACACACAAAACAAGGAACAACAGCGCCCCCUUGUGGAAGACCUGGGAGACAUAGAUGAUAAUGAGGAUGUAGACAGUGAUGAAAGCGACAGUGAUACCGACACAAAAGACGACACAGAGUCGUCUACGUCAAUCACCAACAACGAACCAGACAUCGUGACUGAAGAUUCUCAGAACUUGCUGGAGAAGAAGUCUAGGAGGAUGAGGAAAAAUGAGAAAAAGAAGCAGAGAUGUGAAGAUGAGGGUGAUCACUUGAGACGAAAUAAUAUUAAUGAGGAAUACAAUGACCUGCUCCCCAAGUCGGCACAGGAAGAGGAAGAAAUGAUUCGUAUUGCUAUGGAGAUGAGUAAACUGGAGGACGAAAAGGAAGCAGAAAUGACCAGUGGACAUACAUCUACCAAGGUAGGGAAAAGCAAAAAUGGCGGUACUGUCCUCAACGGUAUCCAGGACAUUGGAAAUAGCAAUCAAUCUGCGAACUGUGCAAAUAAGAGCUCUGUAAGAAGGGAGACAACCACUGUGCCAAAUAAUAAUACAGAUCUCCAAAAUGAUAAGCCUGAAUAUAAUCCCCUGGAAUCCUCGGAAAGAAAGCCAGGGACUUGGUAUGACAGUAUAGGCACCAUGCCUUUUCAGGAUUCUGGUGAUGCUGACUUCACGAAAACUUAUUAUAAGGAAGUAAGCAAUCCUGUUGGCCAAGGACUCUUCUCUCUCGGCAUACCUCCGCAGGAUCCAAGUGUGCAGGAGCCCUCCCGAUUAUCCUCCAUAGACUCCGACACAGGGUCAGCAUUUAGUGGUUCUGAAGUUUUUGAUAAUUCUCAAUUCUUUAGAUCUAGUGGGACUCCUGACAAAUGGAAAGAAGCCCCACCAAACAUCUCUAAUACACAACUUCAUGGAAAGUCACAGUGGCAACCUGUACCGGAAAAACCAUCAACGGAUAAAAGUAUGUCUCAAAACUCCAAAUCCUCUGUGGAUAAUCAAGGGUACAAGCAAGAUCUGUAUCAGAAUACGUAUGGAUUUGAUGUGAGUCAAGCGUCUAAGCAAGCAUUUCCAAGAGACCAAUAUGGUACAGACUACCCAACAGGAAUGUUCAGUGAGUCUCGUCGCAAUGGGCCAAGAGACCCUUAUGACACAAGUCGCCCCACCAAGCCAAGUCCUAUCCAGCCACCUUUCACAAAUCAAGGCUCAAACCGUCGCGAACAAAAGACGUCAGCCAGCUAUCCAUUCCUUUUUCAAGGGGGAUCUAGAGAGGCUGUUCCUGAUCCUUACAGUCCACACAGGGAAACCAAACUAUUACAUGGAGGUCCCACCAUGCAGGAACAAAAACAGCAAAAUGCAAACAACUUUUUGUAUCAAUCGGAUUCAAAGAUCAAUCAGGAACAGUAUAGUUUUUACAGAGACCCAACAGUGUCUUCCAACAGACCUAAAGGAUUCGGGAAAGCCGAAACGCCGUUGGAUUUUUAUGGUGGGUCUUUGUACACCCCGAAAAGUACCAAGGAAUCUAUAGCUGACGUGGAUCCAAUGAGUUUCUAUAUAGACACAAUGAUAUUCCAAAAGAACUCUAAAGAAGCAUCCAGUCAGGAACAUCCAAAGACUAGUGUGUAUGGUUCAGACUUUAUCCCCAAAACUGAUAUAUACAGUCAAAACAACACAACGUGUCAAAACACUACAGCAACUUCUAAUAAUGCUGAUCAAACAAAGAUGUACGAAAGUCACUUUGGGAACCCCAACGGUUACUCAGGUGACAAGAUACAGAGCAGUGGGUUGUUUGGGGCCUCUCAAGGGAGGCAUGCAAGAGUACCAAUCAACACGGAGCAAAGCCGACUUUUUGGUGGUGCUUAUGGAUCGAACAUCAACCUCAACAAUCAGACAUCAUUGAAUACAAACACAAGCCAGAUGUAUGGGAGUCCUCAAGUUAACCCCCACAGUGCCCCGACAGGUAGAACGAACAGUAUGCCUUACAACAGCCAAGGUCACCCUGCUGGCGGGUAUCUAUCCAAGGACACCAGUAAGUUAUACGGUGGCCAGGUCAGAUCUCAGGUGAAUCCCAUAGGGAGGUCGUACAGUGCACAGGGCAACCAGAACAAAAACUCUAUACCUGGUGGGCAUAUGUAUGGAAGUAUGUACGGACAAAAUGUCAAUGGUAGAAUACCCGCUGGUACUUCUAGUCAAAACAGUAACCCCGCUACUGCACAUCAGCAGUCCUACGGUAACCAGUACGGUUACCAUGGCAACAACUCGGCCACUGUUGCUGGUGGCAACGUAAAACAAAUACCUACGAUUCCAAGACAAUAUCCUGUCAGCAAAGGGCCAACUGUCCAACCAACUCAGCAUAUGGAUGAUAUGGACGAUAUUGAUGAUGUGAAUCUGAACUUCAGUGAAAGGUCGGAAUUCGGAGGUCAGACUGGUAUGAACUCUGACCGCUCCCAGGUACUAGGAAGUGGAAGUCUGUACAUUCCCAAGGGGAUACAGCAAGAUAUGUAUAAGGGUGUUUAUACAGACAAGUGACUGUGAUCCUUUCUUGUUCUUAAAAUCAUUUCAAUUGUGAGGAAAAAAAAUGGGACAAUGGUAUAACUAUAAGAAAUUCAUGGACUUAUAUAAUUCAUGGACUUAUAUGACACAUAUUUAUUGCAUGCGGAUUCCACAGGAAGAAAAACAAAUUUUGUGAUACAGAACUGUUAUGAUGACCCAUUUCUUCCGAAAAUAUUUCCACUAUUCAUAGAUAAUUGAAACAUAAAUAACAGGCCCAUAAACCUAACUAGACUGAAAUGUUUAGUCUAUAGGCCUAUCUAGACUAUAGUGUUCAGUCCAUUGGCCUACCUAGCCUGUAGUGUUAUGUCUAUAGGCCUACCUAGACUGUAGUGUUAAGUCUAUAGACCUACCUAGACUGUAGUGUUAAGUCUAUUGGCUUACAUAGCCUGAAGUGUUAAGUUUUUAGGCCUACCUAGCAUGUAGUGUUAAGUCUAUAGACCUACCUAGUAUGUAGUGUUAAGUCAAUAGGCCUACCAAACAUGUGGUGUUUAGUCUAUAGGCCUACCUUGACUGUAGUGUUAAGUCUAUAGACCUACCUAGCCUGUAGUGUUAAGUCUAUAUGCCUACCUUGACCAUAGUGUUAAGUCAAUAGACCUAUCUAGCCUGUAGUGUUAAGUCUAUAGACCUACCUAGUCUGUAGUGAUAAGUCUGUACGCCUACCUAUCCUUUAGUGUUAAGUUUAUAGGCCAACCUACCUUUAGCGUUAUGUCUAUAGGCCUACCUAGUAUUUAGUGUUGAGUCUAAAGGCCUACCUAGACUGAAAUGUUAAGUUGAUAGACCUACCUAGACUGUAGUGUUAAGUCUAUAGACCUACCUAGACUGUAGUGUUAAGUCUAUAAGCAUACCUAGCCUUUAGUGUUGAGUCUAAAGGCCUACCUAGACUGUAGUAUUAAGUCUAUAAGCCCACCUAGCCUUUAGUAUUGAGUCUAAAGGCCUACCUAGACUGUAGUGUUAAGUCGAUAGACCUACCUAGACUGUAGUGUUAAGUCUAUAAGCCUACCUAGACUUUAUUGUUGAUUCUUAAGGCCUACCUAGACUGCAGUGUUAAGUUGAUAGACCUACCUAGACCAUACUGUUAAGUCUAUAUGCCUACCUAGCCUUUAGUGUUAAGUCUGUAGGCCUACCUAGCCUGAAAUCUUAAGUCUAUAGGCCUAUCUAGACCAUAGUGUUAAGUCUAUAGGCCUAUCUAGACCAUAGUGUUAAGUCUAUAAGCCUACCAAGCCUGAAAUGUUAAGUCUAUGAGCCUAUCAAGCAUGUGGUGUUUAGUCUAUAGGCCUACCUUGACUGUAGUGUUAAGUCUAUAGACCUACCUAGCCUGUAGUGAUAAGUCUAUAGGCUUACCUAGACUGUAGUGUUUAGUCUAUAGGCCUACCUAGACUGUAGUGUUAAGUCUAUAGACCUAUAUAGCCUGUUGUGUUAAGUCUAUAGACCUACCUAUACCAUAGUGUUAAGUCUAUAGACAUACAUAGACUGUAGUGUUAAGUCUAUAUAGACCUACCUAGACCAUAGUGUUAAGUCUAUUGGCUUACAUAGCCUGAAGUGUUAAGUCUAUAGGCCUACCUAGCAUGUAGUGUUAAGUCUAUAGACCUACCUAGUCUGUAGUGAUAAGUCUGUAGGCCUACCUAUCCUUUAGUGUUACGUUUAUAGGCCUACCUACCUUUAGCGUGAUGUCUAUAGGCCUACCUAGUCUUUAGUGUUGAGUCUAAAUGCCUACCUAGACUGAAAUGUUAAGUCUAUAGACCUACCUAGACUGUAGUGUUAAGUCUAUAGACCUACCUAGUCCAUAGUGUUAAGUCUAUAGACCUACCUAGACUGAAGUGUCAAGUCUAUAGGCCUACCUAGCAUGUAGUGUUAAGUCUAUAGACCUACCUUGACUGAAGUGUCAAGUCUAUUGGCCUACCUAGCAUGUAGUGUUAAGUCUAUAGACCUACCUAGACUGUAGUGUUAAGUCUAAAGGCCUACCUAGACUGUAGUGUUAGGUCUAUAGACCUACCUAGCCUGUAGUGUUAAGUCUAUAGACCUACCUUGACCAUAGUGUUAAGUCUAUAGGCCUACCUAGACUGUAGUGUUAAGUCUAUAGGCCUACCUAGACCAUAGUGUUAAGUCUAUAGACCUACCUAGACUGUAGUGUUAAGUCUAUAGACCUACCUAGUCCAUAGUGUUAAGUCUAUAGACCUACCUAGACUGAAGUGUCAAGUCUAUAGGCCUACCUAGCAUGUAGUGUUAAGUCUAUAGACCUACCUUGACUGAAGUGUCAAGUCUAUUGGCCUACCUAGCAUGUAGUGUUAAGUCUAUAGACCUACCUAGAAUGUAGUGUUAAGUCUAUAGACCUACCUAGACUGUAGUGUUAAGUCUAUAGACCUACCUAGACUGUAGUGUUAAGUCUAUAGACCUACCUAGACCAUAAUCUAACCCUUGAAGUACCUGGUAAUGAAACAUUUAAUGUCAAGGUCAGCAUUUUAGCAAUGGACAAAUUGUUUAUAACAUUGACAAGUGAAGACCAGUUGUAUCCUUUUAAUAUGAAAUGCGAUUCUUAAUAAAAAUUGAUGAGUCUUAAAGACAUUUUCA